GCGUGACCUAGUUAUAUGCCGGAACAUUCAAAUGUGUCGCACCGUGGACUUUUCCGUUGUGCCGUAACUUUCCGGCUAAUUAGAUUUAAAAAGUAGACUUGUGUGAGACCAUGUCCGAGGAGGAUAACGGGGUUACUUUAGAAAAGACGGCUAACGAUGGUAAAAAGGACGUUUCAGCCAGUCAAGCCAAAAAGAAAGACAAAAAGAAACCCGCUAAAGAUCAAAAACAAACCAAAGAUGACAUAAAGGAGAAAAAGUUAUCAAAACAUGUUGCUAAAAUAAAGGAGGACUUGGCAAGGCAGAGGGAGGAAGAGGAGAGAUUGAAACGAGAGCAAGAGGAGCUAGAGCGACGUCAAGAGGAAGAACGUCUAAAAGAGGAGGCCCGCCUUGCUAGAGAACGAGAACUCAAACUUAAGAAAAAGCAGAAGGAGAAGGAACGCAAACAACGCCUUAAAGAAGAGGGAAAGCUCCUUACCGAUAAGCAAAAAGAGGACCGGCGUAAAGUUAUGGAAUUGCUACAGGCACGUGGCAUUGAAAUUCCAGAUGAUAAGACGGAUGUCAAGAAAAGACCACAGUAUGGAAAACUUAAAAAGAGACCCACACAAACAAAGAAGGAAGAGGAAGUGCAGGAAGCACAAGUUGAAGUCAAUGAAGACCAAGAAAUGUCAAGUGAAGAGAUAAGUUGCUGGGAAAUGCUGGCAGAUACCCACCUGAAAACUCCUAGUGAAGAGAGUUCUGAAGAAACUGAGGACUACUUGAUCAUCGAUCAGAAACCUAGUCAUUCUGAUCAAGUAGAAACGUCCAUCACUAAUGACGCUGAAUUACCCGAAGAAGAGAAGGCUAGGUUGAUAGAACUGGCACGAAUACGUAUAAAGGAAUCUCAUGAAGCGUAUGAAGCUCAGCGUAGUGAAGACAACUUGCGAGCUGGUGUUAUAUGUGUGUUAGGACACGUCGAUACGGGGAAAACCAAAAUUCUGGAUAAAUUGAGAAAUACUCAUGUUCAAGAUAGAGAGGCGGGUGGAAUUACUCAACAGAUCGGUGCAACUAAUGUGCCACUUGAAAACAUACAACUUGCAACUCGCAUGUGUCCUUACUUGAAUCAUUCAGAGUUGCGUUUACCUGGUUUGCUUAUAAUCGACACUCCUGGUCACGAGUCAUUCAGUAAUCUGCGUGUACGUGGAUCAUCCCUUUGCGACAUUGCUAUCUUAGUAGUUGAUUUAAUGCAUGGAUUAGAGGAGCAGACUAAGGAGUCGAUUAAAAUCCUACGAUCACGCAAAACGCCUUUUAUAGUGGCUCUCAACAAAAUUGAUCGACUGUAUGCAUGGAAGUCUAAUCCUGAGACUUGUAUUGAAGAGGUGAUGAAGAUGCAAGGUAGCAUGACUCAAAAUGACUUCGAUGAUCACUUGAAAAAGGUGUUUCAAGAUUUUGCAAUGAUGGAGUUGAAUGUGGAGCUAUUUUAUAAAAAUACCAGACCUGAUGAAUUUGUUAGUAUGGUACCAACAUCUGCGCAUACUGGUGAUGGAAUGGGUGAUCUACUCUCGUGUCUAUGCUUACAUUUACAAAAUAAAUUAAGCAAACGAUUAUCCUAUACAGAAGAGUUACAUGCUUCGGUUAUGGAGGUGAAAGAAAUUCACGGUUUAGGCACUACGAUAGAUGUGAUUGUUGUCAAUGGUCGAUUACAUGAAGGCGAUACAAUUGUUUUAGCUGGUCAAGAAGGUCCUAUAUGUACGCAGAUUCGUGGCGUCCUUCAACCAGCUCCAAUGUCUGAAUUACGUGUUAAAGGCACGUAUACACAUUUAAAAGAAAUUAAAGGUGCACAAGGUGUUAAAUUGAUCGCUAAAGAUUUGGAAAAAGCUUUAGCUGGUCUUCCACUAUUUGUAGCUAAUGGUUUAUCAGAAGAAUUAUAUUACAAGGAAGAAGUAUGUCGUGGUUUAAAGAGUGCUUUAAAAGCUAUAUCUGUCAGUCCAUUGGGUGUAUAUGUUGUGGCCAGUACAUUAGGAUCAUUGGAAUCCCUCUUAGUCUAUCUAAAAUCUGUUGAUAUACCGUAUUCAGGCAUUAAUAUUGGUACAGUGCAUAAAAAAGAUGUUAUGAAAGCAUCGGUAAUGUGUGAACGUGAACCAAAAUGGGCGGUUAUAUUGGCGUUUGAUGUACGUGUUCAUAAAGAUGCUCAAAAACUGGCUACUCAGUUGAAUGUGAAAAUUUUCACCUCAGAAAUUAUCUAUCGUCUUCAAACACAAAUGGAGAAGUAUAUGGAAGAUCUUAAAACUGGAAAUCAACGUAAACAUCGUGAUUUAGCUGUAUUCCCGUGUAAAAUGCGUAUACUGCCUGAAAUGAUAUUCAAUAAACGUGCACCUAUUGUUGUAGGUGUUCACGUUGAAGCUGGUGUUGUACGUGUCGGUACACCGAUAUGUGUGCCUAGUCGUGAAUGUAUCACCCUGGGUCGAGUAUUUUCAAUUGAAUCAAAUCAUAAACCAGUAGAGGAGGCACGUACUGGUAUGGAAGUCUGUGUACGUAUUGACCCGGUGGAUGGUGAAACACCGAAAUUAUACGGUCGACAUUUUGAUUUGAACGAUUUAUUAGUUUCAAAGAUAAGUCGUGAAAGUAUUGAUGUCAUGAAAGAAUAUUUCCGUUCCGAUUUGAAAAAAGAAGAUUGGAAGCUGAUGAUAGAGUUAAAGGAGACAUUAGAUAUCUCCUAGUUCCAUCAUCCACUUCUGACAUCAUCACGUGACUAUUGUAUCGUCGACCAACUAUUAAUUAAUUAAUUAAUUAUCAUGUCGUAUAGUCAUAUUUUUGUUUGUUUGUUUUGGACUGCACUUUCUUUUGUUUAUUGUGAGUUGAUUUGAUCACAACGGAGGUUGAUCGGUUCAUUGAUUGAUUGGUUGAUUGAUUGAUUGAUCGAUCGACUGGAUUCAUUCUUUGGUUCUUCUUUUUUGUUGUUGCUUUUAUUAUUAUUAUUAUUACUGAUAGUAGUACUAGUAGAAGUAUUAUUAUUAUUAUUACUCCUGAAGGCUAAAACUUUGAUCAUUCCUACAGCCUGUUUACUUUCCUAUUACGAGAACAGAAAAAAGUAGAAUUUUACCUACUUAUCUAUUAUGUGAAUGCCAACUAAACUCGGUGCUGGUGAGUGUACAUGUGGUGUAUGCGAUUUUGACAUCUGAGAGUUGUCUGUACUGUGGAGUUCUUCUCUUCUAUCCAUUAUUAUUAUGAUAUAGUUAUACUGUGAGUGUUUGUUGUUUCUUCCUCUCUUGUUUCUGUGUAUAGAAGUGUUUACGUAUGUUAUGUUUUUUUCUUUUUUUGAGAGAGACUGUUUGUGUAUAUUUUAAAAUGUUACUGUCUACUCAUUAUUUGUUUUGCAGUAUGUGAUGUAUGUAAAAACGAUUGGUGGUUGGUUACGUGAAAUUGUCUAACUUGUACCUACCUAUACCUAUGAAUACACAAACUGUAUUAUGGA